AGCGCUUGCAGUUAUUGUUAAUCGGGUGGCUAUUGCCAAUAAAGUUGAUCACAGAUAUAAGAGUACGAAGUUCUGAAAGUGUAACUACGUACAUACCGAAUUUUAAGCGGGUGUUGUUUUGGCCUUUGCGUAUUGUUCAAACAGUGUUUCUCUCCAUCGCCUACUGCCAGUCUCAAUACGUUUCAAAAACUUUUAAUAGUGUGGCUUUUUGAAAACAUUUUUUUGACAUUUUUAUAUUGACUGUUGUCUUUCAUAAUUUCAUCACAGUUAUUCUUAAUUUGUCUCGAUCACCAAGGCUUGUGGCUAGUGGAGCCUGAUUCGCAGCAAGUGUAGAAUAUCCGUUUGGUGGAACCAGUUAUGCCGUUUGACGUAGAUAUUAUGCCGUUUGCCGUGGAUACCCCGAGGGUUGCAGAUUUUGAUGCCCACGUUGCCGAGCUCUAGAUCUGUUAAUGCAGCUCACUCAUGAUUCUGGUUUUACUUUUUUAUUAAUAGUAUGAUUAGUUAUUGUUCGUUUUCGCCUUCGAAGCCUGGUCAGUUGUAGUUUUUUCAGUAUUCGCGAUUUCCUGUUCGUCAGUCACAUUACGCGCCAACUGUAGACGAGAUUGACAACAGUCAGGGUCCAUGAGGAACGAUUAUAACCGCAAUGUCCUCCCUGACAGACCGUCGCCGUUUAAAAUUCCCUGAACUUCCUGAAGGAAACGGUGUAUCGCGAAGCCGAUCCUUUGCAGGAUUUCUCAACCGUUCUUUAUCGCGCAAGGAAUCAAUGAAUCAGCAGUCGACAACGACGGUAUUAGGACAAGAUUAUCGUGUUUUGGCACAUCGUGCUGCGGAUAAGAGAAUGAAGAGUGUUAAAGCACCUAAAACGCCUCGACCUACUCGCGCAUUAACGAUCAUCGAUUCAUUGCGGUCGGGUUUGAAAGAGUGCAUUUUAUUAACCAACGACGAUAUGAAGGGACUGACGAGCGGAAACGAACGGAUAUGCAUCCAGAAUUCUCAACAACUGAAAGCAGCUGAUCGAUAUCUGAAACGGCUGGAACUGCAAUUGAGCAAGCUGGAAGAGCUAAGCGAAAAUUACGUGGUUCAAUGCAAACUACGAGAAGGUGUGCGAAGCAUGGCGCAGGCAUACCGACUGUCAACCGGAAAAGAGCGCGACAGUGCUUUGGGAAAAGUCAAAGCCGGAUAUAAGGAAUGCACGCAGAACAUGUGCGCUCUGGAGGCGCAGCUGGAGCAGAUGAUGGGUAGCCUGGAAAUGCGGAUGAAAGGCAUCGCCGGUUUUGCACGCCUUUGUCCGGGUGAUGUAUUCGAGAUCAUUAUUCGGCAUGGCCCGCAAAAGUGGAAAAGUCGCGGCACGGUUAAUAAAGACGCUACGCAAACAUGGGACCACGAGUCAGUCAUUUUUAAGAGUUUACUGGGGGACAUACUUCACGUGAAGGCAUCUGAAGUUAGGACACUGGGAAAUCGUGUCAUUGUGGGCAAUAAACAUUGCGAGACGAAGGAUCUGUUUAGCGCCCAUCACCAGAUUAUGACCAUUAGUCUUAAUUCCAAUGGUUCUCUCAAGUUGAAUCUCGUUAUAACAUGGAACCCAUUGGAUGGCGUUGCUGACGAUUUCAUAUGGAGUCCGUGGAUGCUGAAGGCUUCGUCCGAGCCUUUCAAGCUGAAAAAACCUCUGUCAACUGUCAAUAGUUUUGCCAGCAGCGAUCGGCUACCAAGUCUGCAUAGCGCCAGCAUGAAGCAGGCCUUAUCUCAACGUGACUCAGUGUGCAGCACCAUGAGUAUUUGCAGUGAUCGGCGUUCUUCUACUUCCCCGAAAACUGAGGGAAGCCGUAAUGGCAGUUCUAGUCCAUCCAACAUGUCAGUAGUGUCUGGCCAUAAUAGUCUUGAAACUGUGAUUCGUUCCGUGAUGACUGCGCUGGAAGAGUUUCGCGAUCAUUAUCCACAGCUCAGUAAACUGGAAGAACAGAUUUUACGGAUCGAGAAAAUGCUUCUGCCAGCGGAGCAGAACGGACAUUUUUCGAGAGGGUCUAAUCUGAGUAUUUCCGUGGAAAGUGCGCUGGACUGUUUUGAUUUUUUAAAUGAUGUGGAAGAUUCUGAUAUCGGAACCGUUGACCGAAAAUUGUCUUCUGGAAUACGGCAAAAAAACGCGGACAUCCAAAGAGAUACAGAAGGGCAUAAAUCGAAAACAGUUGACUCUGGAAUCGAAUCUCUUGAACAUAAUCUAAAAAGUUCCGACGAGAAAUUGUCCCCACUGAGGAACGCCUCAUCCGGAUGCGAGCAAAUAGAUUUGGCUCUUAUUCAACAUCUCUUAUACUGUGAUACUCUUCUUGAAUCUCUUGGAUCUUCCGGACCGCUGAAAUAUGGGGAGAAUCGUGCAAUUCGUCAUUUACAGACCCAGACGGAUAUUUUGGAAAUUUUCGUCAAGCUAAUUGCAGAUCCGGUUAUUCUGGAUGAUUUUACAACAUUAAUGCGUGACAUAACCGAAAAACAGCGCUUGCAUCUGUUGUGGGAACAAUGUGCCGGUGGGCACUACUUGAACACAUCUGCCGACUCUGUUGUUACGCAGCUCAAGGCGCGCUACGUUCAUUUCCUGAAAACGUUUACUGAGACCGAGCGUCAGGACGUGCUGGAGUUGUUAAUUUGCCAGAUGUUAGACAGGCCGGCCUACGAUCCGUCAACCAUUGUCACCGUCUUUCAUUUUCUUUUUUUCCUAAAAGCGGAUAACCACUGGGAUGUGGAGGCUCUGUUGCUGAAGUUUUGCAACGACCUGAAAGUGCUUGGUUCAUUGCAAAGCAAGGACAUCAAUGAAGUAGUGGAAACAUUACGCAGCUUACGAGGCCGACCAGUGGAUGCUGCAUACGCGGUGCAGAUUGCAGUGUGUUUACUGAACGACAAUCAGGAUGUUCAAGCUGCUGCUCGUGAUUUUCUUAUGACGAGCCACGGUGAGCUUUCUUUACGCAACUGGAUGUUACGAACAUAUUCUACUGCACUGGAAGACGAUCGCACGGAAAUCCGCCGGGGCGCAUGCCGCGCAUUGGGCGUACUGAAAGCCACAGAGUGUGUGGAAGAACUGAUUCAUGUGAUCGAGUUUGAUUCCUCCAGUUCUGUGAAGGACGAGGCCAAGGAAGUGUUGGUAUCUCUAGGUGAACCCGGCCGGCAGGCCCUGAGUUCCCUCCAACCAGCAAAGAUUGUUGCCAGCGAAUUUACUUUGCGAGUGUGACGUCCACAUUACUUAAUUCUUUUGUUGUAAAUGCUGAGUUCGAUGCAGACGCAUUCAGGUUAUUAACGUGCAGGGUUACGGGUUUUGUACCUUAAUUAUCACCAGUGUUAAGAUGGAUGUGGUAAUUUUUAGAUAAAAGUUUAUGUACGUGCUCUUUCUUAUUAAGUAAUCUGCAGUUUAUACAACGAAUAAAACCUUUAAAUCUU